UUUUGUUAUUUCUCUAUGGCACAAACCAAAAGAAAAGCAAUCUUAUUGUUGAUAGAGUUCAAUACAUAAUUUGUACUUGUACUAAAGCAGAGUUUUUUUCUAUGUGGUAGUGAUUUUAGUUAAGCAAAACAAGCCCAAUACCGCGCAUCACAAGCAUAUCGCUGCUCUGUGCCCCUGCUAACAUUGAACCUUUCCUUUUUAAGUAGUUUGCAAUGAUUUACCUUCACUCAUAUCAGUGCAUUAGGAGUCAGACUGCCAGGCAUUCCAUUGUUAUUAUGGUGCAGAUAUAAACAAAGGGCUCAUCUCUGCUCUGAUCACACACCUCAGUGUUUGGGAGUGUUGGGUGAGUGUGUCUGUGGCAUGUGUUGGACGUGGCACACCCAGCAGCACACGGGCCGGACAGCUCAGACUGCUGCGACAGAUGAACUCAUCCGAUCAUUUUCAAGGGUUUGCUGUACCAACACCCAAAGUCCCACUUCUCCCCCCUAUCAAUGGUACAAAGGCCAAUGGUUCAGUAGGUGAAGACAGGCUGUCCAAUGGAUCCGUUAUAUCUGUGCCUGACCUUGUUGAGGGGGAAAUCUUUGUUCCUGCCCCUCCCUCGGUGGCACCACCUCCUCCUCCAGGGAGUUUUAUCCCUCCUCCACCAGACUUCAUGGGUGACCUAAACAGUCUAGAACCGGCAACCCUUCAGUCUCCACUGGCACCGUCGCUGGAGGAGGAUCUAGCCUUUCUAAAACCUCCACCAAUGGCUCCACCAAAGCCUCCAUCUACUUGCUCUUCUGGCUCGGGCUCAUCCGUACCCGUUCCUAGUCCACCACGAGCCAAAGUUCCACAGCAUCCAAAAUUUGCUCCUCCACCGCCUCCUAAAGAAAAGCAACACAAGACUAAUAAGGCACCCCCUGUAAAGCCCAUUAGACUGUCUUCUAUGUCCAACUUAGACUUGCCACCACAGACUCCUGCCCCACCACCCCCUGUGCAGACACCCACACUCUCCACCUUUAAUCCCCAAAACACAGCAAAGCUGUUCAAUGUUCCUCAACCCUCAGUUCUCAGCAGGUUUGAGAUUCAUGACACAAGACAGAUGUUGCUCCUGGAAGAUUCUGGGUCUGUGAAGUCUGUCCCAGUGAAGUCUGUCCCAGUGAAGUCUGUCCCAGUGCUUGUCCAGGUGGAUGGGAACGUUUCUAAUAUGGAGACACCAAUUAAACCCAUUUCCAGAGACGUUCCGGAGCUAAAGGAGAACUUACAAAUUACACAGCCCUCUCAACCUUCCUUUUCUGAGUCAAAGAAGGACACUAAAACAGCGACAGUAUCAGCACAGCCAGUAGUAACCAAACCAAUCCAGACUCUACCUCAGAAGUCACCACAGCUCCAGAAAUUGAACAGUUCUCAUGUAAAUACAGAGUUCAGCAAGGACAAACUUGAAAUAUCCCCAAGUCAAAGUCAUAGAUUUAGUCCAUUAUUAGAUCGUAAACUACGCAAUCUGAAGAGUAGUGAAACCAAUGGUGCUCGAGAAGGACCAGCAGCUUCUCCACUGGCUCUUUUAAUGGCGGCUAAGAAAAGAGAGAAACACAGACCAACUCACUCUCUGUCACGAGAAAACAGUGCCAAGAAGAACGAGCAACCGAGCACAAGCGUUUACCCAAGUGACUCAAGUCACAAUUCCUUUGUUGUCGUUCCAAGAUCAAGCUCAUCCUCUUCACCUACCUCUCAAGAAAGAAUAGAGGACAGUAUGUACUCUAUUCCGAUGAAAAAAUCUGGAACUCCUGAAAAACCUGGCAGACCUGCAGCGGUCAGGGAUCAGUUGCAAUCUACCAGUCCAGCUCCCAGCAAGAUCACAGCAGCUGCAUCUGUGAGUGUGAUGGACCUGGUUGGGCAGAAACACAAUGCAAAACAAAGCCCCCCUAAGACUCAAUCUGCACAGCCUGGGUUUAAUAAAGAGGGGUUUCAUUUCCCAUUCCUCCCUCCUCCUCCAGAGUUUGAUGAUACGGAAGAGAUUAUGGAGCCCCCUCCUUCCAUUCGUCCGCCCGACCCUCCUAUGAAAAAGGCACCAACACCAACCGUGAGCCUUCCUCCUCCAGCUCCGGUUCUUUCCCCUUCUACAAAACCUAAACCUCCAGCGCCUCCAAAACUCCCACCUCCAGACAUUAAUGUCAAACCAAAAUCUCAAAUCCAGACAAAACCCCAAGUGGUCCCAACACAGCUUCAGUCCACUCUUUCUCCGAAUCAGGCCACACUCCUGAGUAUCUUACAAAAGAAGAUGUUGGAAAUGGACCACAAAAUGGUCCCAGCCAAGGAGGCAGAAUCAAGUUCUGAAGACUGGGGUGCCCCCUUGUCUGAUGAGAACAACAAGAUCCCUGUUGUUGGCAGUGCCACACCACAGAGCAAGAAUUACCCUGUGGUCAACAAAGCAACAGCCCUGGACAUGCGGGAAUUGGAGAGUAAAAUGGCCAAAAAGCAUCAGGAGUCAUCCUCGAUGAAAGUUCCCACCAGUAAUGGACCAUCAAAACAUCAGUACGGUAUGAGCUUUACAGUUCGGCCUGGAACCACACAUCCUAUUACCCCUGUUUUUAAAUGAGAAUUUUAGAACUAUUCUAGAAAUUAAAAAACAACUUUACAUUGCACAUUACAUGUGAUCGUAUAAUUUGAUUUUGCAUUAGCAGGGAUGUGUAUAAUGGGGGGGGAGGGGGGAGCACUUUGAACAAAUGAGUUACAGGAACGUGGUUGGUAAAUAUGCUAAGAAUUUCUCAUAACAGUUAUGAGAAUGUCUGCACGGUUAUGAAAGAUGUAGUCUGUAAGUGUUGCUCAAUUUUCAGAGAACACGCUGUCACUUUCAAUUAAUAAGUCUCAAUGCCUCAUGGGUAAUUUCCAUAGUAUGAGCAAAAUCUAUUAAUAAAAUACUUGAUGCUAAAGUUAUUCAUAGCUGUAAACUAUUAGCUGAGUGAAAUUAAUCUACAUUCAAGCAAAUCUACAGAAAAUAAUCCUGAGAUAUAAUCCUGAUUAUAAAAUUCUUUAAUAAUGUACAAUGUAAUUAUUGUGGCUUGUGCUGUUAUUACAUUUCCCAUAACAACAAUGUUCUUUCACUGUUACAUGUAAAUUAUAUAGGUCCACUGGAGCGAAGCAAAAUUAAUUCAGACCAUGCUGAUCUCUCACAUGGAGUGGUUCUCAUUAUGUAAAUGUCUUUACAUUUGUAUACCCAUUAUUUGCUUUUUGUUAGUUGAGCGACACUCGUGUAGUUAUUGAUGUACAUAUGUUUAUAGAAGAUUAACAUGGAACUUAUGGUAACAUGUUGUAUGAACAGUGGGGCCCAAGAAACUUUUGGACUUAAGGUUAUGUAAUCAAAAUAUUUGAAAUAUACUGGUCAUGUCUGUUGGUUAUUUACAUAAAAUGUUGUCCAGCAAUAACCCUGAUAUUAAAUUAACGUUUUAAUAAAUGUCCUUGUUUUUUUGUGCACAG